CUUCUUCGUCCCUCCCUCUCUUGACCUUCUGCUUUAUGUGAACAGAGUUCGGCCCGGGAGCAAGAUUUGGCCUGUAGAUUUUUUUGGGGGGGGGAAGCUCUCCGAAGAUCUUUUCUGGCUCAUCAUGGCUUUUGGGGAACUCCUGGAACAAGUCGGUGGCAUGGGACGUUUUCAGAUUAUUCACACUAUACUGCUGACCAUCCCGGUCUUGUUCAUGGCCAGUCAUAACCUUCUCCAGAACUUCACGGCUGCUAUUCCAGGACACCGUUGCCAGGUGCGCCUCGCCCCCAACGGCAGCGAGUACCCCAAUAUCACUCACCUGCAAGGCGCUGGCCAGCUUCUCCGGGUCAGCAUCCCUCUGGAUAGCAAGCAAAGGUUGGAAAAAUGCAGGCGCUUCACGGAUGCCCAGUGGUAUCUCCUCAACGCCAGCGUCACCCGGGUGAACGAGACGGAAACCGAGCCCUGCGCCGACGGAUGGUUUUAUGACCAAACUCAGUUUACGUCCACCAUCAUCAGCGAGUGGGACCUGGUGUGCGACCGGCGUAAACUUCGGGAGAUGGCGCAAUCCAUUUACAUGGCGGGGGUGCUGAUCGGCGCUCUGGUCCUAGGCGGGCUGGCUGACAGAUUUGGCCGCCGAGCGCUCACAAUCUGGUCCUUUUUCCAAAUGGCCGUGACGGGAACCUGCGCCGCUUUCUCGCCCAAUUACGCCUCCUAUUGUUUCUUCCGCUUCCUGACCGGCAUGGCGCUUUCGGGAUUCGGCCUCAGCAUCGCCUGUUUGAUCGUGGAAUGGAUUCCCACCCAGCACCGGACGAUCACCAUUGCCCUCACCGGCUUGGCUUAUACCUUGGGCCAAAUCCUUCUGGCCGGCUUAGCCUACUCCAUCCGGGACUGGCGUUGGUUGCAGGUGGCCGUUUCGGCUCCUUAUUUGAUCUUCCUCCUUUAUUCCUGGUGGUACGCUGAAUCGGCUCGCUGGCUCAUCCAGUCCGGCCAGGCCAGUAAGGCUGUUGGGGUUCUCCAGAGAGUGGCCAGGAUCAACAAAAAGCAGGAAGCGGGUGCGAGAAUCACCACAGAGGUUCUGCUUUCCAGUAUGGAGAAGGAAUUGUCUUCCUGCAAAUCCACCUACACCAUUUCUGACUUGGUGCGCACGCCGACCAUCCGUCGCAUUUUCUUCUGCCUCUCCAUGGUCUGGUUCUCUGUCAGCUUCUCCUACUACGGGCUGGUCAUGGACCUCCAAAAUUUUGGGGUCAGCAUUUACCUCAUCCAGGUGAUCUUCGGCGCGGUGGAUUUUCCCGCCAAAUUGGUCGUCACGAUCACCAUGAGCUACAUUGGACGGAGGGUCAGCCUCACCGCCUUCCUGCUGACCGCUGGCACCAUCAUCAUCACCAACUUAUUUGUGCCCUUGGAAAUGCAGACGCUACGGACGUCGCUGGCGGUCAUCGGCAAAGGCUGCCUCUCGGCGGCUUUCACCUGCGUCUUCCUCUUUACGACUGAACUCUAUCCGACUCCUGUCAGACAGACCGGGCUGGGUUUCGGCAGCACGAUGGCCCGCGUAGGAGGCAUGGUCUCUCCACUGACCAGCUUGUUAGAGGAUUAUUACUCCUUUCUUCCCCCUGUUGUGUACGGGGCGCUCCCCAUCUUGGCUGGAAUUAUCGCCUGUCUUCUGCCGGAGACUUUGAACGUCCCGUUGCCGGAUACGAUCGAUGAUGUUGAGAACAGAUCCAAAAAGACGAAAAAGAAGAGCAAGGAAGAGAUUGGCCAAGAGAAAAUCCUGCUUCAGAGGCAGGAAAAAGUUUUGUUCAAAGAGACUUGCUGACCAUUUGAUUCUGGAAAUAAAAAGUUCUUAGAGAUCAUUUUUGAAUGUGCGAUUUAAAAGGGUGGAAGAUAUGAUGUUUCUGGACAUGUAUUUUCAAUUUUUUUUUAAGGAACCUAGUUUUCGUUCUUUUUUUCUCUUUUUCUUGUAUUUU